CUAAUUCAACCAUUUUGACUACGACUAUUCACCACUAACCAACUAUACAUAGCGCACAGCUCAAGAACACCCUAUCUUCAAACUCUCCAAAUCCAAACUUCAAUGGAUAUUCACAGUCUCAUAAACCCCAUCUCGUUCACCAUCCUCCUCUUCACACUCUCCUUCCAUCAAUUACCAUCAAAAGCAUGUCAUGAAAUAGACAAACAAGCAUUACUUGGAUUCAAAAACAAAAUCACUUCAGACCCAUCAAACCUCUUGCAUUCAUGGACACCUUCCACUGACUGCUGCAAAUCCUGGGAAGGCAUUGCCUGCGACGCCUCGGGCCGAGUCGUCAAUGUCUCUCGCUCUGGCCUCGAAUCAGGCACAGACUUCAUCAUCGACACAUACAUGUCUGGAAUUCUAUCUCCGUCUCUCGCCAACCUCUCGUCUCUCCAACUUCUCGAUCUCAGCAAUCUCAAAGAGUUGACAGGUCACAUUCCAAUCGAAUUUGGCAAGUUAUCGCGCCUCGCUUACCUCUUCCUCGACUCAAACAAGCUCACCAGUUCGAUUCCCAAGUCUUUUCAAUCCCUUACCGGUCUAAAAAAGCUUUACCUCAGCAAUAACUACUUGUCGGGUACUGUCCCUUCUGUUUUUCAUUCCAUGUUUUCGCUUUCUGAGUUGGGUUUUUCAGGGAAUCAAUUGUCUGGCUUUAUACCUCCAUCGAUUGGAAAGCUUGUUUCGUUAACUCUGCUUGAUUUCCAUCAAAACAAUUUUUCGGGUUCUCUUCCAGAGACAAUUGGCAAUCUCAAGAUGCUUAAUUAUCUUGAUUUGUCUGAAAAUCAAAUAUCUGGAAGCAUACCAAAAUCCAUUGGCGGACUCUCUAAAUUAGCCCUUUUAUAUCUGAAUCAAAACCAGCUUACAGGAAGCAUUCCUUGGUCGAUAAAUGGACUUAGUUCUCUGAAAUUUUGUCGAUUAUCAGAGAACAAACUCACUGGCACGUUACCAGCAUCGAUUGGGCAGCUUCCUAACAUCCAACGGCUAAUCUUUGAGAACAAUAGACUCACAGGAAAACUCCCUGCAACCAUUGGACAUCUCACUACUCUCACCGAUAUUUUCUUUGCAAACAACAGAUUUUCCGGGAAAAUCCCAUCAAGUUUUGGCAAUUUACAGAAUCUUCAGACACUUGAUUUGUCAAAAAACCAACUAUCGGGUCCAGUUCCUCCCCAGCUUGCUAAUUUACAGGGUUUACAGAGCUUCGAUCUCUCCUUUAAUCCGCUGAAGCUUGUCACCAUACCAAAGUGGUUUUCAAAACUAAAAGCUUUUCGGCUAUUGUUAGCGAAAACCGGGAUCAAAGGACAGCUUCCAAGCUGGCUAUCUUCAUCAUCACUAUCCACACUUGAUUUAUCAAGCAAUGAAUUGACAGGAAAAUUACCUCCUUGGAUUGGAAACAUGACAAGCCUUUCAUUUCUCAACCUAUCAAACAACAGGUUUUACGCAUCGCUGCCAAUCGAAUUCAAGAACCUUUCGCUUUUAAUGGAUCUUGAUCUCCAUUCCAACAAGCUCUCAGGACACUUGGACACAAUUUUCAUGAAAAAUGUCCAAGACCCACUUGGGCAUUUCAACUCAAUUGACCUCUCAAAGAACAUGUUUGAUGGUCCUAUAGAUCCGAACAUUGGGGACAAACCAGCCAUGGUUUCAAUUGUAUCGUUGAUUCUUUCAAACAACCCGUUGGGAGGGUCAAUACCGCGGUCAUUGGGAAAACUAAAUGGAUUGCAGGUUCUAGAACUUUCUGAAAAUGGGCUUUCUGGGAAGAUACCAGUGGAGCUUGGAAACGCCACGGAAUUGACAACAAUUUUGCUUUCGAAAAACAAUUUGACUGGUGCUAUUCCUGGAAAUGUACUGAAUUUGAAGGGGAUUCAAGAAUUUGAUGUGUCUGGAAACCGACUAAGUGGGAGGAUUCCUCCUCAUAAUGCUAGUAUACCUGUGUCUGGUUUUAUGGGAAAUCCUGGCUUGUGUGGAGCUCCAUUGCCUCCUUGUAGACACUCCUGAUAAUACCUCAUUGAGAUCACAAUUACUUUUGAUUUACAAAGGUUUGUUCUAGAAUGGAUACUUUUAAUUGUUUUUCAUCAAAAAUUAAUGUAAGUUAUGACCUGAUCUAUAUGCUUAGUCAAUUGCAGUGCCUUUAUGUUUUUUCUUCUCGUUA